UCCGUCUCACUGGUCGACAACACCGACACUAGGCGCUGUGCACUUGUCGCACAGCUAAACCCUCGCGCCCGCUUGCUCUGCUCAAAUCACAGCAUUGCAUGAUAUCGUCAUACCCUUGCAAGAGAGUAAGUGCCCAAGGACCACCAGACUGUCCUCUUGCAUAGAAGGCCAAACAGGGAUAGACACGGACGUGCAUCUCUUCUUGCGAACCUAGCCACGGUUGUCAUACCACUCCAACGCUGUUUUGUUGCUUCUGCCAACGCACCCGCAGGUGGUGCAGGACUUCCAGGACUCCGUGCUGGACUUCCCGGUUUCUGCCGCUCGGCGGGCCACCGGCAAGGGUAACCUCAAGGCGUUCCACGUCUACGGGGGACGCGAACUGGAGAAGCAGUUCACCAGGAAGGUCGCAGUGCCGCUGGACCUGCACAUGCUCUGCGAUGCGGAAAACGAGCAGGUGGAGCCCGCCGGGGACGUGGAGACCAAACAGUGCCUCGCGGAGCGGAAGGUGCAGGCUUUCGCUCACCGCAUGAACGGAGGCUAUAAGACCAAGAAGGCCCGGGAGUUUCAGAAUGCAUGA